AGAACAGCCAUUUGCCAUUUCGACGCGAUACAUCGUCAAUCAGUCACACGCACCGAUUGAUCGACCUGUUUGGUCACUUGGUCUCAUGAGGCUACACUCAGGGGCUCUGCCCCGCACGGCACGCCUUCAUGCGUCCACAAUCCUCUCAUUGCGACAAACACCAUGCGGCGCUCGCAACUAUGCGCGGACGGCACAAGUGCUGCGGAUGAACCAGUCGCUCUCCAACGGAACCCGCCCUACGAUCAGAUAUCCCGUCGCUUCAGUCGAGUCGGAACAGAAAAGAUGGAUCUCACAAAACUACAUUCGAAAACAAAAGGAAGCUGAACAGGAAUGGGCUCAGUUCGCACGGGAAAUCAAGGAUGGAAAGAGGAUUAACUUUGCACAACACCUCGAGGAGAGAGGCCUGCUACACGAUGUCGUUGGAGAACGGAAGAUGUUGGACAAUCUGUUCACGCACAAGAGAGUAGGUAUGUAUGCAGGUGUGGACCCGACUGGUCCCUCUUUGCAUGUUGGCCAUAUGCUACCGUUUAUGGUGUUGGCUUGGGGUUACGUCUGGGGUCUGCCUGUUACAUUUCUGCUCGGUGGUGCCACCGCUCGGUUCGGUGACCCGACAGGACGACUCAACAGCAGAGAGCAGGUCCACUCCUCGGUUCGAAAAGCAAAUAUGGCGAGUAUGCACAUGCAGCUGAAGAAGUUGGGCUACAGUGUUGCCGUGUACGGUAAAAGGCAUGGUUAUGACAACGAGCGGUCCAGACGUGCUUUAGUGAAUAACAAUACAUGGUGGAAUUCGUUACCUCUUAUUGAUGUUUUCCGGGAUCUGGGGGUUCACACGCGCCUGGGGCCUAUGCUAGGCCGAGAUACGGUCAAAAACCGACUGACAAAGGGUGAUGGAAUGUCCUUUGCUGAGUUUGCCUACCCGCUAAUGCAGGCAUGGGACUGGUGGGUACUCUUCCAAAAGGGCGUCCAGGUUCAAGUUGGAGGCUCGGAUCAAUUCGGAAAUAUCCUCUUCGGCAUGGACGCUGUGAAAUCGAUCAGCAAGAACAACGUGGACCCCUUGCACAAGAGUGACUUGGAAGAUGCUUUGGACAAACCCCUUGGAAUUACGACACCUUUGCUCACCGCUUCGUCUGGCGAGAAAUUUGGAAAGUCUGCCGGCAAUGCGAUCUGGCUGGACAAGGACAUGACGUCCACGUUCGAGCUGUAUCAGUUCUUUGUUCGGACUCCAGACGAUACCGUCGAGCGCUAUCUGAAAAUGUUCACCUUCUUGCCGUUGCCCGAAAUCGCUAGGAUCAUGGAGGAGCAGAACAAGGAUCCAUCCAAGCGGGUGGCCCAGCAUGCUCUUGCUGCGGAAUUUGUCGAGCUGGUCCAUGGCAAAGCAGAGGCGGAUGCGGUCGCUCUCCAGCAUCGCCAGCUGUUCCGCCCACGGUCGUCAACCGCAGAACCAAGCCCGCUCCCUCUGAAACCCACCACCCCCGGCAAACCCCAGUCCCCAACCGCAGGCUUCGAUAAUCCUCAAUCUGGGAACGCCUACGCUCCCCAAACCAACUUUGCCAACAUGCCACAAACUCAGGUUACCCUUCCCCGCUCUCUGGUCUACAACCAGUCGCUGCAUAAAGUCCUAUGGUCCGCCGGCCUGGUGAGUUCCAAGGGUGAGGGCCACCGGGUGAUUGUGAACAAGGGCGCUUAUGUCGGAAGCCGUCCCGGAGACAGUGGGCCAAUGUCGGAUGAUCUAGCGUUUACCCCCAUCAAGCCCUGGCCAGUGGAGAAGACGCAAGAGUUCAUCCUUGGGGGAGACACCUUGUUUCUGAAGCUGGGCAAGUGGAAGUUCAAAAUUGUCAAGAUUGUCAGCGAUGAAGAAUUCCGGGCGGCUGGACUGACGGCGCCCGGAUGGGAGCCGGAGACUACGGGAUCCGACGAAGGUGCUAAGCCUUGAUGCCGUGCUUGAUCAUAUACCACUCUUGUAUUAUUAGACCUGUGUACAUAUGUAUACCUUGAAUGUACCCGUACGAUCACCAA